CAGCGUGAAAACAGAGGAAGAGAAGGGGAGGAGAAAGUGGCUCAUUUGAUGCUCUGCUGUAAGGGAGACGUUUCACUUCAUCCUUCUUUAUAUUGAGGAAAGGGAGGAGAAGCGUUCAGACUAUUCUUAAUUUACAGACAGACUGAAAGGGAAAGUGGUUCGAGUCUUGGAUGAAGGCGGGAGGACAGGAGCUCCUCAAAACUGAAUCGAGUGUACCUGGAUGUAUCAGAGCAGAGGGGAGGCGUUCUGAUCACAGCCACUCUUUGGAAAUGAGCGGAUAUGACAGAUGAAGAAGGAAAUUAAUUCAAGAAGAAGAAUGAUUAUUACAGGACGCACACAAGCUUUCACAAUUUAGCCUUUUCUUUUAGAGUUUUAAACUACUAUACGCUUUAAAAAUUAUCUUGUUUUCUUCCUCCACCACACCUCGUCUGGAGACUCAGAUCAUAAAUCAAACUUGACCACAUCUCAACAGAAUAGUUUUGAAAGUUUAAUUCGGCUGUAUUAUGGGAUAUCACGUUCUCAUAGCAUUUGAUCUAUUUUAAAUCAUUUAAAAAAAUACUAUUUGCUGAUAUAGUUUGUUAAACCUGGAACUUUAACAUGGCCAUCAACACGGACACCGACUUCCUGAAAUCUAACCUGGGUGAGGGUGGUGGAGGAGGAACCCAGCCUGCAGACUCCCACGAGACGGAGAAGCUCCUCGCGCUGACCACAGAGCCCGGUGGGAACGGGAUGAAGAUGUCCACUUCCUUCACCGUCAACAUGGACACCGACCGGGGCCUGGAGGCCGACCAGAACGGCCACAGCAUGGCGUUGAGGUCAGGCUCCGCCGGGCAGCUGGCCGCCUCCGGCCCCUUGUCCCCCUCCAAGGCCAGCCUGAGCCGCUCCUCCACCGGGAACGCCACCGUGCAGGAGACCCCCAAACCCAAGGAUUACCUCAUCCUCGUCAUCCUGUCCUGCUUCUGCCCCGUGUGGCCCGUCAGCAUCGUGGCACUGGUCUACUCCAUCAUGUCCAGAAACAGUCUCCAGGUGGGGGACAUUGACGGGGCCCGGAGGCUGGGGCGGCUGGCUCGCCUGCUCAGUAUCGUCGCCAUCGUGCUGGGCAUAGUCACCAUCGUCGUCGGUGUCUCGAUGUCAGUAAUGUAGUCACGCCGAGGAAGAAACCUACUGUCAAAGCCAGAACCCGGAUGCAACACGGGGGCAAAAUGCUCAUUCAAAAAAAAAUUGAAAAAUAAAAGUACAAUUCCUUAUUUAUACAACCACACAGAAUGCGAGAAAAAUAGGAAACUCAUGACAGUAGGUACUGCAGCAAGUAAACAAAAGAAAAAUCAUUCAGAGAUGCAUGCAUUAGAAUCCAGUAACAAUUGCUUGACGAAAAACCUGAUGUAGAAUUGUUCCGGUUAAAAACAGAGGAAAAAAGAAAAUGCAGAAUUGAAUGUGGAGGACUCAAAAUUGUGUCUUUGUGGGAUUUCGAACUUCUUAAAAUGAAGAGGACGAUUGGAGCAAAGAGCAAAAAAAUAGACACUUUCUUUGUCUGGGAUGGAGCUGCUUUAAAAAAAGAAUUUAGGGUUUGGACUUCAACCUUCAGACGGCUGCAAAUAAUCCUCAUAUUAUUCUCCACUGAACCUCUUGCAUUCAAAACAUAUACAGCUACGAAUAUAUUUGAAAUAUAAAUAUAUGGAUAUAUAUAUAGAUGUACAUUUUAUAAAAUGUUUGUAUGCAAAGUGUUGCUGAGUUUGUUGUGACAAAUAGCUGCUCUGUCAGCAUCAGUGGAAACUUCAAGCUUUGUGGAGAAAGGACAAGGAACACAAUUUUGAUUCUGUUAUUGAUUAUGAUUUUUUGAAUCUAAAAAAAGGAGACCAACUGCAUGCCUGAAUGUAGAUAACCAAAAUCCUGCCUUCCUUUGUUCUGACUGUUAUUACAUGUCUGGAGAAACUGAACCGUUUGCACAUGGAAGAGUGAUUUGUGUACAUUAUGUGAGUUCAGCCACUGUUGAAUGUGUGAGAAGUGUCGUCUAACCCCAGCUCCCUUUUUGUAUGUCUCAAGUCUCUUCGACCUUGCCUUGCUCCGGCAGACUGAAACGCAUGGCAAACCUCUCAAAAUCUUUCAACUCUUUAUUUCCCGCCACGACAUUAAUGAUUUAUUUAGUAACCACAACAUGUGUUUAGAUGUCUGCUGUCCUUCAAUUUUUUUUUUAUCCGUACUGUUAAACUCAUUUUAAAUAUAUAUCCCUCCAUUUGCCAUGUUUCCAUUGUUAUACAGUGACUGUUUCAUGCCAUAGUUUCACUGUCUCCCCCUCUUGUAAUGGUAUCAAAUGUAUUUAUAUUGGAAAAUAUAUAUAUGCAAUAUGUACGCAUGCUAUGUGCCAAACAGGCCCAAUACACACAUAUUCAUUUUGUUGUAAAUGAUCAGGCCUCUGGUUUUGACCUGAGAAAUAACAAAAGCAUUUAAAUAAUCUUUCUUUUUUUAAAUCACAGCACGACAGAUUGUCUGUAUUUGUCACUUUAUCGAAGGAGACUUCAAAGUAUCACAUUGCCUGUCACUAAGCAGGACUGUUACAUGGACACCGUGCAGGCUCCUGCUACAAGCACAGGUUACAUCACUGUUAGAUCACGUGGCUUCUUUUUAAAAGGUUUUCUUCGGGCAUUAUUGCUUUACUUUACUUGAAUCAAGAAUAACUUGAGCAACUUCUCGUGCAAGGCAUAAAAAGUGACGCAAUUCUUUUUUUGUAUAAGGGCUCGUACAAGUGAAGAGAAAUGUAUAAUAUGCACCAAAAGUGAUAUCACUAAGCUGUAAAGUGAAAAUAAUCACUCUAAGUCUAAAUCUGCAGUCAUGUUUAGUGUCAGCACUGUAACCUCAAUGAUUUGUGCUAAAUGGGUUAUCUUCAUUCUAAUUCAUAUUUCUAAAAAAUAAUAAUUCAUAAAUAAAAAGACGACUUUCUUAAUCCCAACAUCAGAAAGCAGCAAAACUCCAAAGAUACCAGUGUUUACUACCAAACUGUAGUGGGAAUAUACAUACUUAACAAAGUGAUGAAAUGGUUCAUUGGCUCUGAUCACAGAGUGGAUGCUACUGCUUUAACAUAUAAGAUAACAUAUGUUUUUGUCUCUGUUGUCAUGGAGCCAGAUGUCUAACCUGUAAGCUCUGCUCUGUCUGUGAAAAUACUUCAAACCAUUUCUUCAUCCCUAAAUAUUGACGUGUUCAUUUUCCACUAUAUUGUAUGUGCCAGUUUUCAUCUCUGUGGUGUACAUUUAGCAUGUCUUGAAAUAAAUGUUACCAUGCAUGGUCCAA